GUUCUGUCAGUGACAAGAGGAGGUUUCUCCCAGUGUUACACAGGGACUGGGUGUACAGGAAGUGUUGUUCCAGCAGCGAAUCAGGAGGAGUGUUGUACUGAUACUGACAAUGGCAUGGCCUUUAUGGAUGCUGGAAUAUGCACUCAAUGCACAGAUGCUAUAUGCAGUAAUGGAGAACUACGUCUAGCUCGUGAUGAUCGCCCAACAAUAGGACGACUUGAGGCGUGCUUCGAUGGUGAAUGGACCAGAGUAUGUCCCGAGGCUCUUGGACAUAAUGAAGCUAAGGUUGCUUGUGGACAACUUGGAUAUUCAAGAGAAUUUUUUAAAACGUAUGAAGAUUAUGAUAUUGACCGACACUCA